AAUAAAAUAAAUAUUUUGUUGCGCGAGUAAUGGCAACAUUUUGUAAUCGUUGUCGAUUUUCUCAACCAUAGACAAACCUAACCUCUUUUCAAUCCGUCAAGCUUUGGAAGACGAGGCAAGAUGACGAACUCCAAGGGUUACCGCCGUGGCACGAGGGACCUCUUCGCGAGGCGGUUCCGCACACAUGGAACCAUCCCGCUCUCCACGUACAUGAAAGUGUACAAAGUUGGCGACAUCGUUGACAUUAGGGGCAAUGGUGCAGUACAGAAGGGUAUGCCACACAAAGUGUACCACGGCAAGACUGGCCGUGUAUACAAUGUCACAGCUCACGCUCUUGGCGUCAUUGUUAACAAGAGGGUGCGCGGCAGAAUAAUCCCCAAGCGCAUCAACAUCCGUGUAGAGCAUGUCAAGCACUCCAAGUGCAGACAAGACUUCCUCAAGCGUGUGAAGGAGAACGAGAGGCUGCUGAAAGAAGCCAAGGCCGCCGGCAAAGUGAUCAACCUGAAGAGACAGCCUGCUCCCCCCAAGUCCGCUCACAUUGUCAGUGGUCUUGAGAAACCAGUGCUACUGGCACCAAUUCCUUACGAAUUCGUAGCUUAAAAACUGAAAUAAACUAUUUUUAAGAAUA